ACGCUCGAGUGGAUAGAACAUCAGUUGCUUGAUUUUUGUUGGUUCUUGGAAAACACAGUAAUGGCCUCAAUACCAUCAUGUACAACCCAUCUCCCAUUCACUUCCAAACCUCAAAAGUCUCCAUCUUUUUCUCCCAAAUUCAGUUCUCAGUUUCUGGGUAUCCAAAAUAAGGUUGGUUGGGUAAGACCCUGCAGAAUUGGACCCUCCAAUGGGUCAAGAGUAAAGUGCUGGUUCAAGUUUGGUAAAAGUGGUGUGGAUGCUAAAGGAGCUGGCAUUUAUGGCAGCCAAUCCCGUGAUGACUUUGAUAGAGAUGACGUUGAGCAGUACUUCAACUACAUGGGAAUGCUUGCUGUGGAAGGUUCAUAUGAUAAGAUGGAGGCUCUCCUAAGUCAAAAUAUACAUCCAAUAGACAUCUUAUUAAUGUUGGCUGCUUCAGAAGGUGACAAGCCAAAAAUUGAAGAGUUAUUAAGAGCUGGAGCAAAUUAUUCUCUCAAGGAUGCAGAUGGACGGACGGCUCUGGAUAGAGCCAAUGAAGAAAUCAGGGAAUUCAUCCUUGAGUUGUCAGUUCAAAAAGCAUGAUUUAGAUAGAUGCACCAAUCCAUUUGCUUGUUUAUUCUCAAGCUAUAUGUAAGUUUGACCAUCUGGUCUUGUCUUCUGCGAAGAAAUAUAAAGCAUUGUUUUGAUGGUAAAAUGAAAAUUGACAUCCAAAUGAUAAUAACACAAUAGCUAAGCAAGAGUACAUAAUGUGAAUGACAACACCAGGAAGAUGUUCAUAAUGUGUACUUGACGAUCAUCUUUAAGAGUGAAUCAGUUAUUAUUUUGAUAA